CUACGGACCCCCGAAGAAAUGAACGACUGGCUAGGAGAAAAAGCAUCCCAAACCGCCGGCUGGCACGGCCCACAACGCGAAUCAGGCGAGACAGUCGGCCACCAAAGUGGCCGAAUGAUCAUGCAAAUUCUCGAAGGCGCUCGCCAUCAUGACUACGAUCGCUCGAUGGACAACGGUGGUGUUUAUACUAAUGAGGAACUACAGCAUAUGCGUCGGGUCGUCUCUUAUUGUCGCAGGCAUCUUGCCCAGGAGCAGAGGAAUACGGGGGAUGUCAAUAGUAGGGAAUAUCAGUCGCUUAAGAAUUGGGGGCAUGAUUCUUGA